AUGAUGAUUCCUAUGCUUUCUCUUCUGCUCAUUGUAGUUAUUCCUAAUAUUCCAAUCGAUGCUCGUUGGUCACAGAGUGGAAAGACCGUUGCUGGAGGGAAUGGACAAGGCUAUGCUACAAAUCAACUCAACCGGCCUCAAGGUCUCUUCGUUAAUAAUGAUCACACGAUGAUCAUUGCUGACUACAAAAAUCAUCGUAUCAUCCAAUGGAAGAUGGAUGAUAACAAUGGACAAGUUGUCGCUGGUGGAAAGGGACUAGGAAAGCGAUUGGAUCAAUUUAGCUAUCCAAGUGAUGUGCUGAUCGACAAAGAGACUAAUAGUCUCAUUAUUUGCGAUCCAGGGAAUCGACGAGUCGUAAGGUGGUGUGGGUGUGGGUUGGGGUGUGGGUGUGGGUGUGGGU